AUGCCGCGAGUCGCCCUGCAAAGCCACGCCGCACGCGCUUCGGCGCAAAGCCGGCAAUCUAUCGACACGCACACUGCUGCCCACGUCGACCUCAACUGCCGAAGCCCCACGCCGACGCUGGAUCUACCAACCUUUUGGUCGCCGAGGACGAAGGUUGCGGCUGCUCUGUACGCUAGGCUCGGGGGCCGACCCGUCCCAUUGCUACGCAGCGCCGGCAAUGACGGCAAAAGUGUGAGAAAAUUGGCCAAGAAGAUCCUCCGUGCAACCCUACUUGGCGUCCUGCUCUUAACCUCACAACAACUCGGAGUCCAGCUUGCCUUGCGACCACCACCACCUUCCACGAGGCUCAGAACAAGUUUAUCGUCAACUCUCACCUUCAAGCAACCUGGCAGUACCAUCAUCAUGUCGCAGUAUCCAUCUGUCGCACCUGGUCAGUCGACCUUCAAGCUCAACACGGGCGCCGAGAUCCCCGUCGUCGGUCUGGGCACUUGGCAGUCGCCACCUGGCGAGGUGGCCAAGGCGGUCGAGGCUGCCAUCCGUGCUGGUUACAGGCACAUCGACGCCGCAUGGAUCUACGGCAACGAGGAGGAAGUCGGACAGGGCAUCAAGGCGUCCGGCGUUGCGCGCUCGGAGCUGUUUGUGACGACCAAGAUUUGGGGCACCUACCACCGCCAGCCCGAGGCGUGUCUGGACGAGUCGCUGCAGAAGCUCGGCCUGGACUACGUCGACCUUGUGCUGGUCCACUGGCCUGUUCCGCUCGAGAAGCGAGGUGACGAAAAGAUCCCGCUCAACCCGGACGGCUCGCGAGCGCUGGACCGCGACUGGACGCCCGAGCAGACGUGGGAGCAGAUGGAGAAGCUGCCCGCCACGGGUAAGGCCAAGGCGAUCGGCGUGUCCAACUGGAGCGUUCCUUACCUCGAGAGGCUGCUCGCCAAGGCCAAGACGGUGCCCGCUGCCAACCAGGUGGAGCUGCACCCGUUCCUGCCGCAGCAUGAGCUGGUCAAGUUCUGCCAGUCCAAGGGCAUCCUCAUGCAGGCCUACUCGCCGCUCGGAUCGUCCGGCGGUCCCGUGCUGCAGGACGAGCUGGUGCAGUCGAUCGCCAAGGCUCACAGCGCCGACCCUGCCCAGGUGGUCGUCUCGUGGGCCGCCCAGAGGGGCGUCGUGGCGCUGCCCAAGAGCGUCACCCAGAGCCGCAUCGAGACCAACCACAAGCUGAUCACGCUCACCGACGACGAGAUGCUCAAGCUCAACGAGCUCCACCAGCAGGAGGGCAAGUCGGUCCGCCUCGUCAGCCCCAACUGGGGUGUCGACCUCGAAUGCGUCAACGUCGUCAACGUCGGCAUCGGCAGCACGCGCACUUUCGUCCCGCACCGGUCCGCGCAACCUGCCUUAGUCACACACGAGCUCAGCUCUUGCGGUUGGCGAGCGGAUCUCGGCCUCGGAUUCAGGGUCCACUCGUUGUUCAUCCGUCUACAUCGCCACUCGCAACACAACACACUCCAUCAGCUCUCGUCACGCCACCACCCACACCUCGGCCAUGUCAACUCAUGCCGAAUCAUGGUCGCUGAUAGAGUUGGCACCUCGUCCUUGGAACGCCGCGCCUUCGAAGGCUUGCACGGCGUCGGCGGGUCCGCAUCGAGCCAAUCCCGCGACCCGCCUCCGCGCACAAAGGUCCCCGUAAAGAUCAAUGUUCCGCGGGACGGAAGCACAAAGCACGACGAUGACGACGACUGCAUCCCCUUCCGCCCCGGCUCCUCCAAGCGUGCGCGGCCGGCCCGAAAGUCUGCCCUUCCAACCCACAACUACUCCUAUCGGGACAACCUUGAUAGCGAGGGAACAGAGACUGCAAUACGUACGGGCUCGCAUGCCGACCGACGAAAGCAAGCCCAGUCAUCACGUUCGCCGCGCAGCCAACACGUGCAUAGCCCAACCGACGAUCGAGCCGCUCUGCACAGAACCCCCUCGCAUACCUACAAGAGCAAGGCAAAGGCUCGCGAGCGCGAUCCCGCAUCCGCCCGGCGCCCCGCCACCCGGUCGCGCAAGCACUCCGACAACGAACCCGUCGUCAUAGACGACUCGGACGACGAUGAACCCGUGCCGACUUCUCCGCGCCCUGUCUUGGUGGCCGACGACACAUACAUCGCCCCCGCCCUCCAGACCAAAGACAGGAAAAGGAACGGAGCCACGACAAUCUCGCCCGCAGCUCCGAACAACUUCUAUUUCCGCAACAACCAGCGUCCAGAUGGUCCACUCCGGCUCGAAAGUCCAAACGAGCCGCGCCGGUCGAUCCAUCCGUCAUCGCAUAGCAAGCCGAUGGCGCAGCCCAGCAGCUCGAAUCAACGCCCGGCUGGCACCAUCGCCUCACGCAUGAAACCAAAGAAUCCAUCCCCAGAGGCCUCAUCGCAACCGUCACAUCGUCUCCUCAAUGGUUCCGCAGCUCAUGAAUCGGCGUCCAGUCGUCAGCACGGCAAUUCGGGCGAGCGUGCUUUCGCCAGCGACACAUCACCUGCUUCCAAACGAAGGCGCACAGAGAAGCUCCACGACUUGCCCGACGGUACCAAGGACGACCCCUUAAGAUCUGGCCCGCACGAACUCAGCCUGGACGCCGUUGUUGUGUCGGACAUUUGGAGAUCGCAGGACGGCCAGCAACUCGGGGCGAGGUUCAUCAAGAACAACCUUUAUCUCUUCCCAGCUCCCGAUUUCAUACUCUCGAUCCGGUACACCGAUAUCGGUCGAGUCGAACAUAGCGACGACGACGUGCUCGAGCACGCCAUCCUGUCCAUCACCCUCCGGCAGGGCUCAGAGAGCGUAAAGCGUUUGCUGGAAUUAUUCCCUGCCUUCGAUCCGCAUGCCUCUCAGGAGGCGUCUGAGAUCCACCUCAUCGCACGAGGCGUUACGACGAACGUGGAAGCGCUCAUAGCUGCGGCGGCCUUGAUGCGUCGGGCGAUGGGUGACGAAUGCAAGUUCAGCUACUUGCCGCCACCAUCCACCGCCACGAAGAUCCGCGCGGUCACUUCCGUAAAGGCCAAACCUUGGCCCAAGCCCACACCUUUGUCGCACGUCGAAGCAUCCAUCCAAGCCAAGCAGCAAAAGACCACUCGCACCGCCAUCAGGCCCGGCGAAGGCCGCCGUCCUGAUGUCGACACAAGCAACACUCCCAGCUAUCGCGGUCACCUCAGUCCACCGCAACCGCGCAAGAAGACUUUCGACAUCCAGGCCGAGUCUCCAAAGUCCAAGGCGAGAGCCACGUUCGACGUUGACAUGCGCGACGCUUCGUCACCAUCGCCCGACCCCGAGCUCCCCAUCUCGGUCCGCAAGGGCAAGCGCGCCAGUCUCACAAGGACCAGGGUCCAGACGCGAUCGGCGAGCAAUGCUGCCUCGCACGAGCCCAUGCUGCAGUAUCCGUACGAGGGGAUCGGCGCCGUCACCCUGCUGCGCUCCGACUAUGAUCGCCUCUACGACGGUCAACUGCUCAACGACACCGUGAUCGAGUUCGGGCUCAAGGUGCUGUUCGAGGACAUCUGUGCCAGAAAUCCGGAGCUCGCCAGCAGCAUGCACAUGUUCAACACGUUCUUCUUCAACAAGCUUCUCACCGAAGGCACCGUCGAGACCGCCUAUCGCAAGCUGCGCAAGUGGACGUCCAAGGUGGACCUCUUUUCGAAAAAGUACAUCGUUGUGCCCAUCAACGAGAACUACCACUGGUACUUGGCGCUCAUCGUCAACCCGGGUCACAUGUUGACCGCGCACGGCACAGACGGCGAUCGCGAUCACGAGAUCGGCAGUGAUGAAGAGAAGGAGCAAGUGGCUUCCGCCUUGGACACGGCUCCCAAGGCUUCCGCGUCCUUGUCUCCGGGCGGCGAAUGGAAUCAGUCAAAGCCGUGGCAGGAAGAGGACGCAAUCUUGACGCCUCCGCUAGCGCCAUUGGUUAUUCCCACGCCGAGUAGGGACGCUCGCGUGGACACAGUGCCAGCUCCUAUGCACCUCGACGCAGAUUCGCGCGCCAGCACGCCGUCGAAGGGUGCAUCGCCCAGUGUCGACCUCAGCCAGACCUUUCUCAUCAUCUUCGACAGCCUGGAGGGCGAGCACAAGAACGUGGACAAGAAGCUCUACGAGUAUCUGUGGCGGGAGGCUUUGGACAAGAAGCGAAUCUCGCCGGCCCUCUUCCAGAAGCUGGCAGAAGAGCAUGCGGCCAGGGCCAAGCGGAGCGCUGCGAGGAACAGAAGGCCGCUGACACGUGCGCAGCAACAAGCGAAUCAGGAUGCGCAUGUCGAGAGCGCAGCUGUAGACGUCGACGCUGCCAGUCCCGCCGCCGGCACGACCGAGAGUCCGAUGCGCAAGAUCCAAGUUCUGGACACGCGACAGCCGGCCGAGGCCGAAGCGGAUCGGCCGACGGACGAGGAGCUGGCCAAGUGCCUACCGAAGCUCCAGUACAUCCUCGCCGAUGUGCCGAUCCAGCCCAACUUCUGCGACUGCGGCAUCUACAUGCUGCACUACUUUGAUCGUUUCUUCCGCGAGCCCGAGCGGCUGCUCACGAUGAUGCUCGAGAAUCGCGGGCCGCGCACACUCACUGGCAAGGUGAGCGCCUCGACGCGCAACAAGCAGAAGCGAGAGCAGAAGCACAUCAUCGAGGCCGAGUGGCAGGCGGGCGAGGUGAGCGGCAAGCGCCAGUACUGGCGCAACAAGGCCGACGAGCUCUCGGAGCUGUGGAAGGAGUACGAGCUGCAGAAGCAGCAGUACGUCGAUGCGGUCAAGCAGGAUGGCGCGGCAGACGACGAGGAUAUGGAUGUGGAGGCGAGCACACCACCGCCGCGCAAAGACCUCGAGCUUGGCGCGCAGACGGAUGCGGUCGGUGACACCACGGCCUCUGCGCCUCAGGCGGAGCGAGGUGCGGAGCGAGGUGUCACCGAUGCGGAAGCGGCGGAAGCGGCGGAAGCGGCGGAAGAGCCUACGGUCGAAGCGACGGCAGCGCACGACGCAGCGCGUCCGAACGGCGAAACAGCGCUCGGCGAUGCGGGGCUCGGGCUUGGACUGCGCCAGGCCGGAUUGGGCCUCGAGGAAUCCCUCGAGCAGGUGCUCAGCGGUCGCGAUUCCAACGAGAUCGACCAGAUACUACAAGCGGCGACAGAGGGCGCCAAGGGCGACAUGGCGUUGGAGACGGCGUCCAACGAGCAAGCAGACGUGGGCCCCUCGAGCGGGACGAAUGUCAAGUCGCCGCCGCCGCUGUACGAGCCGUUCAGGCCGUUGUCGGUCGAGCCUGGAGCAUCCCCCGAAGCAGCUGGAGCGGCCGAGUCUGCGCAGACCAGCCCGCAGCAGCGCACGCCGGUGCGGUUUGGAUCGGGGUUCAUAGACUCGUUGCCGACGGCGCAGUCGUGGCAGGAUGUGUCGCCAUCGCUGGAACGCACGCACUUCGCCAGCGACCGCGCUAGUCGCGACACGGACGACACGGACGACGCGGACGCGGGGUCGAGCACCAGUACGCCCAUCGGCGAAGUGGGCCCACUCUCGAUAUCGUCGUCCGUGGCUGUUGUUGACCAGAUCUAG